AUGCUGCGCUGCCCCAUCACCUGCAGCAGCGCGCUGCAGUGUCUGCGGCAGCUGGUGAAAGCAGCAGUUGCUGCUGCUGUGCUGCCAAGGCGUGCUGCUCUUGCUGACGCUUUGCUGCUGGUGCAGCAGCAGCGGGAAGUUGCUGCUGCUGCUGCUGCAGUGCUGUCCACGGGGCGCUGCGGCGGGGCCCUCUCCUUAGCUGGCAGCCAGCUGGUGCUGCCGCUGGUGUCUGCUGUGCUGCUGCGCGCAGAUGCAGCAGCAGCACCUGCAUGCAAGCAGGCGCUGCUGCUGCUGCAGCAGCAGCUGCGGCUGCGGGCCAAACUCGACCCUGCUGCUGUUGCUGCUUGUCUUGCUGCUGUGCUGCGCGCGCACCCGGGGCUGGUAGCAGCAGGGCAGGAGGCGCUGUGUCUUGCUGCUGGGCAGCUGCUGCAGCAGCAGCAGCUGCCGCAGCUGCUGCUGCUGGCCACGAGCGAAGCAGCAGCAACUCGCAAGGCCGUUGCUGCUGCGCUGCAGCACUUUCCUCUGGACUCCGUCGGAUCUGCUGCUCCUCUUUUUGCUGCUGCUCUUCUCGUGCUGCAGCAAGACAAAGCUGAUCCUGAAACUCCCAAACUUGCUUCUCAGCUGCUGCAGCAGCUGCCGCAGCAGCUAAAGGGGGAUGCGCAGCAGCACCUCCAGGUCCUCUCGCAGCUGCUCGCCUGCCCAGACAAAACUUUCAGAGAAAUGGCAGCGCAGGCGUUUGCUGCUGAAGUGGAGAACGAGGCCGGCGGGGCAGCAGCAGUAGCAGCAGCGCUGCUGCUGCUGCUGGACUUGUUUAUGGGUCGGCGUGCGUUGGAGGGUCCCUUCGCAGCCCCCAAGCAGCAGCAGCAGCAGGAGCAGCAGCAGCAGCAGCAGCAGCAGCAGCAAGGGAUGGUGUACAAGAAGAAGGAGCUGGACGCUGCGGACAUUUUUGGCGGGACCGUGAAGGGCAAGGGGAAGGGCAGGUCCGCAGCAGCAGCAAGUGCUGCUGCUGCGGCAGCUGCAGCAGAGGAAGAGGCGCCUCCCGCGCAGCAGCAGCAGCAGCAGCAGCAGCAGCAGCAGCAGCAGCAGCAGCUGCGGACAGGCCCGGAGCUGGCGGUGAUGCACGGCGCAGCUAGCGCGCUUCGCUGCUGCGCCGAGCGCGGGCUGCUGCAGACUGCUGACACUUUGCUGCAGCUGCUGCAGUUCCUGCUGCAGCACAGCCUCGUGUGUCCCGAGGCCCUGGCCGACCCGCUGCUGCAGCAGGAACUUCUUGCUGCUGGUGUUGCAGCAAUCCGCAGCGCGGAGGGCGACGCGCUGCGGCGGGAGAUCUUCGUCUACCUCGACAGCUGCGCCAGCAAGUUCAGCAGCAGCAGCAGCAGCAGCAGCAUCAGCAGCAGCAGCAGCAGCAGCAGCAGCAGCAGCGGUGGCAGAAGCAGCGGCAAAAGCAGCAGCAGCAGCAGCAGCAGCAGCAGCAGCGAGGAGGCUGAGGACCGCGCAGCAGCAGCAGCUCAGGCAGCUCAUGCUUUGUUUUGCGGGUCUUUGGCGGAAAAGAUGAGCAAAGAUGAUCCUUUGCUGCUGCCAAUAGUGCAGCGGCUGGAAGCUUCGCUGCUGUCUGCUGCUGCUCCUUCCGCCGAAGUGCAGCGGCUGCUGUCGCGGCCGCUGACCCCGCUGGUGAAGCUGCUAGCUGCUGCUGCUCCUGCGCAGCAGCAGCAGCAGCAGCAGCAGCAGGAGCCGCAGCAGCAGCAGCAGCAGCAGCAGCAGGAGCGGUCUGCCGCGCAGCAGCUGCUGCAGCGGUUGCUAGCAGCAGCUUUGGGGGCCCCCGACCUGCCAGUGAGGAGGGGGGCCUCCCUGGGAGUUGCUGCAUGCGUGAAGGGUUUGGGGCUGUUGAGUUUGAAGAAAGAAGAAGUGCUGCAGCAGCUGCAGCAGGCCUUAGCAGCAAAAGAAAGUGUGGGGCGGCAGGGGGCGCUGCUGUGCGUGGAGGCGCUGGGGGAGAGUCUGGGCCGGCUGUUCGAGCCGUACACUUUGCUGCUGCUGCAGCAGCUGCUGCAGUGCCUGGGGGACGCAGCAGCACCAGUUCGUGCUGCAGCGCAGCAGGCCGCGCGGCAGCUGAUGCAGCAGCAAAGCGCGCACGGGCUGCGCCGCGUGCUGCUGCUGCUGACGCAGCAGCUGCAGCAGCCGCAGUGCAAAGCCAAGGUGGCUAGCUUGCAGCUGCUAGCUGCCAUGGCUAGCUGCAACCCGAAGCAGCUAGCCAUCUGCGUGGACAAGGCAGUGCCGCUGCUGACGGACGUGGCUAGCGACGCCUGCCUGCCGCAGCAAGUUCGUGCUGCUGCUGCUGCUGCGCUGCAGUCCGUUGCUGCUGCUGCAGUCGAGGCGCCGCAGCUGCAGCAGGCGGUGCCGCAGCUGCUGCAGGCCCUCAAAGACCCCUCUUUGGAAAACUCCAAGAGAGCUCUCGACUCGCUGCUGACUCUGGAUUGCUGCUGCUUCUCAGAUGCAGCAGCAGCAGCAGCAGCACUAUCUCUUUGCAUUCCAGUUCUAGUCCGGGCCAUCAGCGAGCGCAGCAGCAGCGAAGUCAAGCGGAAAGCAGCAGAAAUCAUCGGCUCCUUGGGGCUGCUGUGUCAGCAGCAGCAGCUGCUGCUGCCGUACCUGCCGCAGCUGCUGCCGCCGCUGCAGCAGGCCCUCGGGGAUCCGAUCCCAGCCGUUCGUGCUGCAGCAGCAAGAGCCUGUGGGGCCGUGGCCCGCGGCGUGGGCGAGGAGGAGCUGGCGGAGCUGCUGCAGUGGCUGCUGCAGACGCUGAGCAGCAGCAGCAGCAGCAGCGUGGCGCGCAGCGGCGCAGCCAACGCGCUGUCGGAGCUGCUGCUGGCGUGGGGCCCCGCGCGGCUGCAGCAGCUGCUGCCGCAGCUGCUGCAGCAAGCAGCAGACACGGGGGGGCCCCCCGGGGCCCGCGAAGGCUUCCUGGGACUUUUUGUUUUCUUGCCAAGAGCUUUUCAAAAAGACUUCCAAGACUUCGUUCCCCAAGUGCUGCCAGUUGUGCUGCAGGGCCUUGCUGCUGAGGAGGAAGCAGCAAGAGAUGUUGCACUUCGUGCUGCUGAAGUUUGCGUGGAGUUGUUUGCUGCUGCUCACACUGCGCUGCUGCUGCAGCCGCUGGAGGAGGGGCUGCAUGCGGGCGACUGGCGGCUGCGCUGCAGCAGCACGCAGCUGCUGGGGCUGCUGCUGCAGCGGCUGCUGCGCGGCAGCGACGACGCUGCUGCUGCAGCAGCAGCAGCAGCAGCAGCAGAAGACGCAGUCCACACCGAAAUCCUUUCCCUCGAACGCAGGAACUUCAUUCUUGCUUCGCUUUUUGCUGCUCGCUGCGACGAAAGUGCUGCUGUUCGACAAACUGCAGCAGCAGCAUGGAAAAGAGUUGUUGCAAACUCUGCAAAAACUCUCAAAGAAAUCCUCCCCAUCCUCACCCGCAGACUCAUUGCCAAUCUUGCUGCUCCUGCUGCGCUGCAGCGGCAGCAGCAGAAGCAAAAAGCUGCUGCCAGGUGCAUCGGCGCACUCGCACACAAAAUGGCAGACCAGGUCCUCCCGCAGCUCAUCCCCUACCUCGAACAGGUGCUGCUCCUGCUGCUGCUGCUGCUGCUCCUGCUGCUGCUGCUCCUGCUGCUGCUGCUGCUCCUGCUGCUGCUGCUGCUCGUGCUGCUGCUGCUGCAGAUUCUCCUGCUGCUGGUGUUUCUUGGGCUGCUGCUGCUGCUGCUGCUGCUGGUGCGGAUUCUCCUGCUGCUGGUGUUUCUUGUGCUGCUGCUGCUGCUGCUGCUGCUGCUGCGGAUUCUCCUGCUGCUGGUGUUUCUUGGGCUGCUGCUGGUUCUGCUGCUGCUGCUGCUGCUUGCUGCCGCUGCGUUGCUGCUUCGGGCUGUCGCUCUUGCGGCGCGUUCUGCCCCGCUUUCCAGCCUCUGCUGCUGCUGCUGCUGCUGCUGCUGCUGCUGCUGCAGUCGCUGGGAUCGCCGGACCCGUCGACUCGCCGGGGAGUUUGUCAGGGGCUGCUGGAAAUAUUCCGCAGCGGCUCUCGUGCUGCUCUUGCUGCUAACGUGGAGGCUUUGCUGCUGCUGCUGCGGCGGGCGCUGCAAGACAAAGACGCAGCAGUGCAGCAGGCUGCUGCUGCUGCUGCUGCUGUUUGCCUGGAGACAAUGGGCGCCGAGGUCUCCGGGAAGCUGA